AUGCUCUCCUACGCCCCAUUUCGACAGAAGGAGAAGCCUCCCUCACCUACGCCGUACACGUCGUCGUCGUCAACGAGGCGCCGUGCUGAAGCAGAAGCGGAACUUGAGCAGGAGAUGAUUGCUGCUGAAAACGAAGUAUCCGAAUUGGAGCAGGAAUUGGAAUUGUCCGAAGUGAAGUUAAUCAGUCUUCAAGGGGAAAUCGCCACCAAGACUGCAAGGUUGGACUCCAGUCACCCACUCCACGAGCCGAACAAUAUCGUAAAUCUGAAAAGGGAAAUUGCUCUAUUAAAUGAUGAAUUAUCCCACAUCACGUCUCAACAUAAUCUCUUGAAAGUUAAAACCAAGAGAACAGUGCAACGAAUUGAAAACAAUGUCAAAGUGUUCAAGAAACAACAUCAAGCCACCAUUGCCGCCAUCGACGACGAUGAUGAACAAUAUCUCGGUUCCGAUGAAGAUGUCGACAAGGAACUUGAUACUGCCGCCAAACGUUUCGAAAGGUUCAAGUUAACGGAACCAGACCAUCUACCAGAACAAGUAAAGACAACCGAAACCAGUAACGUUCUGGAGAUGAUUGCCAAGACGCUGGAGAAAUUAAGUGAAAAGUCAACCACCUCCAGUUCAACCGACAAGAUGAUUAUUCGACAAACGAUUGGUCGUGAUCUUCCCUACUUCGGAGGAAGAGCGGAGGAUUGGCCAGCCUUCAUCGCAUCCUACAACAGAACGACGGAUGCAUGUGAAUUUAACGAUGCAGAAAAUUUAGAAAGACUGCGAAAGUGUUUAAAGGGAGAAGCCCUUAAAAGUGUCGAGUGCCUCUUAGUGUCACCAAAAAGUUUACCUGAAGUAAUCGAAGUUUUGGAACAACGAUUUGGGCAAAAGGAGCACAUUAUUCGAGCCAUGGUCGCGAAGGCAAGACAAAUCCAGCCCGUGAAGGAGGAUAAGCCACAAACCAUGGUGGAAUUUGGAUCUGCUGUUAUGAAUUUAACAGCGACUAUCAAAUCCCUUGGUGAAGUACACCACCUCCAAAAUCCAUUGUUAUUGUUGGAUUUGGAGGAGAAACUGCCAGCCUCACUACGGGCACAGUGGAAAGAGAAACUGUUGGAAUCUGCAAAAGUUGGAAGUCUCGAGAACUUCACUGAGUGGGUCAAGUUCAAGGCCAAAGUAGCGACGCUGAUGACACCACCCAGACUUACCGAUGAGAAGAAGGACAAGUGGGCGGAACAACAACCACGAAAGAAAGAAGCGGUUUACAAUGCCACCGACCCCGAGUCCAAGAAAGAAAUUACGAAGAUCUGCAACGAAUGUAAGAAGAAUCAUUGGACCAAUGAGUGCAAGAAAUUUAUGGAACUUAGUGUGGAUCAACGAUGGGAAAAUGUGAAAAGCUGGAGAGCCUACUUCAAGUGCUUAUCUAAAGGUCACUCCAAAGAGAAAUGUAAACGAAAGAAAUCGUGUGGCGUGGAUGGAUGCAAUUUCGACCACCACCCACUUCUCCAUCGUCCACCAAGAAGUCGUGAGGAGAGAGGAACGCCUCCACCAGCGACAGACGGUCCAUCAUCAUCAUCGAUGAAUGCAGGUCAAGGUCAAACUGCUGGAUCAGCCCAUCAUGUUCGGGGAAACACCAGCGAUAAGAUAUUAAUGAUCGUACCGGUUAAAAUCAAAGGACCGAAGGGUGUGGUAUCGACGCAUGCCUUACUCGACAACGGCAGCACCCUAACUUUGAUUGACUCAGAUUUGGCAAAGCAAAUUGGAAGUAGCGGUCGCAAAACCGAGUUGUGUCUCCAGUGGAUUGGAUCGCAUUCACACAUGGAAGAUCAAUCUCAAACACUGACGAUGGAGAUUCAAGGAGUGUUCCCAUACGCCAAAUGGUUCGAAAUGAAGGAUGUUCAGACCGUGCAAGAUUUCCAUUGCUCCAGCCAAACUGUCAUCGCUCAGGAACUGAAAAGUAAAUUCCCGUAUCUAAAUCAAGUGCCAAUUAAGGAUAUGAUUAACGUGCAACCUCGAUUGUUAAUUGGAGUUAAAAAUACGAAGCUGAUCGUCCCCCAGAGAAGUGUCAAAGGUGUGGACAAUAACGCCGUGGCUCAUCGGACCCUGCUGGGCUGGGCCAUACAUGGAAUAAUGUCGGGCAGAGAAACGAAAGGAAAUGUGAUGCAUUUGUGCAACCGCGACGACAUGGACGACCUGCACAAUAUUGUGAAGAAUUAUUUCUCUGUCGAAACCUUCGGGGUGAAAGUGCCCGACUCUCAACCCCAGAAAAAAGAAGAUGAACGUGCCCAAGAGAUUUUGGAGAAAACUGUGAAUCUCGUCCCUGGUCAAGAUCGAUACGAGAUUGGACAUCUUUAUAAAGAUGAAGAGCCAUCACUCGUCAACAGCAAACCCAUGGCAGAAAGCAGAUUAUCUUGUGCUGAAAAGAAAAUGGAUCGAAAUCGUGCUGCUGGAUCUGCUCAUGUGGAGAAAAUAAAUGAAUAUAUUAUGAAGGGUUAUGCAAGAAAACUCGACCCUAGUGAAGUCAACAACAACGAAUCGAAAGCGUGGUACUUGCCGCAUUUCGUCAUCGACAAGCCCCACAAACCUGAAAAAUAUCGACUAGUUUUCGACGCCGCAGCGAAGAUUCAUGGAAAAUCGCUGAACGAUUACUUACUGACUGGACCAGACUUGUUAAACUCGCUGGCGUCAGUGAUCAUCAAAUUUCGCCAAAAUCAGAUUGGAUUCUCUGGCGGCAUUCGUGAUAUGUUCCAUCAAGUACGAGUCAGAAAAGAAGAUCUGGCAUCUCAACGAUUUUUGUGGAGAGGACGGGAUCGAGAGAAGAAACCCGAUGUCUACCAAAUGGAAGUGUUAAUAUUUGGAGGGACCUCGUCACCCACCUAG